UGUCAUGUGGAGGCUUGUUAUCCAGAACAACACAAUUUCCUACUUGGGUCUGUGGAAUACUUGAAUUGAGAUCUCAAUUCACAAAGCUACUGCGAACAAGCAGAGAAAUUGGGAUUAGGUGAAGAAAUGGAGAAGAAACGAUCCUGGGCAUGUACUUUAGUCACUCAGGUUUCUCUCUGUUUUGCUCUCUACCUUGCUCUUAACCUGGGUGGUUCUCAAAAACCCAUUCACCAAACAAGGGUUGAUGGUAGUAAGAGCAUUAGAAGUCCCAUUGACAUAUACUUUAUCACUGUCACAGGAGGCUUCAGAUCCCUUGAGCAACAGACCCAUCUACUGAAACAGAUGGAGAGUGUGGCGAAAGCUUAUGACGCGAAGUUGGUGGUGAACAUCAGUGAGCUAGGAGAAAACAAUCCACUGUUGCUGAAUGCUACAUCACACAGCCAUCUACAAAAAAUCCCCUGGUACACCACUAGAGUUUCAAAAGGGCAGCAAGUUGGCUGCUUUGCAGAUGAGAUCAAACUACCUCAUGGCAGAUCACUAAACCUUAUUGGUGUUGAUACAGGAUCACUACAGCGAAAUGGAAAGAUCUUUGCAGUAGUAGUUUCAAUAUUCUCUCUUGAUGGGCCUUUUUUUUUUCCAACUCUUAAGGAUUUAAUUCAUGGUGAAUCGUCAAUCGACAUCGGAAACAAACAGUUGAACUGGCUGACAAGGAGACUAGAAACAACAAACAGUAACUGGUGCAUGGUCGUUGGUUUCCACCCAUUGUUUUCUUGUGAAGAUAAAUUUCAGAUGAAAUCAGAGUUACAUAAUGGCCCUUUACACCAAGUUUUCAUUAAACAUGGAGUGAAUGCUUACGUAAGCGGACAAGGUUGCACUAGCUACGCUAUUCAGGAUGGCGUGGCUUAUAUUGGUAACCCAGUUCUGAGAGGAAAAGAUCCUCACUUGGCUUUGAAUGGAAGAUCAGAUGACGGACGAGAAAUGGCUAAUGGAUUCCUUCUCCACAGAGUCAGCUCCUUAGAGAUUGAGACCUAUACUGUAUCGUCGGCCGGAGAAAUUGUACACAAGUCUGUUGUCCAACAAAGGGGCAAGGAGAUCAUGUGAACUUUGAUUGAGAGUGCAUUCUUCAGAACCAAGCUGCAGUUGCUAAGCCAUGGCAACAAGUUUUUAAAGAGAAACUGCUGAAUAUAUAUUUGUACCCUUUCUUCUGUACAUGUUUUCUAUUGAUCUGUUGCAAACAAUUUUGAUUGAGAAAAAUAAAAUAAAAUCAUCCCAUUUCCUGUCCUUCAGCUUUCAA